GCCAGAGAAAGUUUGGGGAGGGGUGGAUUUUUUCCCCAGUGCGAGGAAGGGGUUUGGUUUUGUUUUGUUUUGUUUGCACCGCUCCUCUCCCGCGCUCGCUCGCUCUCUCCCUCUCGCCGUGCGUUUUGCGUGGGUUUUUUCUUUCUUCUUCUUCUUUUUGUUUUCCCCUUGCCCCCCGGCAAGCGCGCUGCCAGCUGCCAAGCCGCCCGCCCGCCCCGCCGUCCCUCCCCAUGCGCCGGGGGCAGCGGGCAGCCCCGCGCCGCGCUCCCGGGAGCUGAGCGGCGCGGAGCGGCCCGCGGGCGCCGGCGGCAGGAUGUACACGGCCGGGCUGGCCCCUUUCUACGCCUCCAACUUCAGCCUCUGGUCAGCGGCGUACUGCUCGGCCGCGGGGCCGGGCGCCGGCGGCUGCUUCCCGCUGGAGCACGGCGCGGCCAAGAAGCCUUCCUUCUGCAUCGCCGACAUCCUGCACGCCGGCGGCGAGGCGGCGGGCGGCCCCGCCGAGAGCCUGCCCGGCGGCCCCGGGGCCGGGCUGCCGCCGGCGCUGGGCGCCGUGCACCACGCCGGCCCCUUCCACGCCACCGCCUCGCCGCUGCGGCCCACGCCCGUGGUGGCCCCCGAGGCCCCCGCCGCCGCCUUCCCGCCGCGCCUCUCGCCGCUCUCGGCCGCCUACCACCCGCACCACCGCCCCCCGCAGCACCGCUCCCCCGCGGCGGCGGCGGCCGGCGGCGGCGCGCCGCCCCCCGCCCGCGGCCCCGGGAGCCACACGCACGGCGCGGCGCCGGCGCCCUCCAGCAAGGACCUGAAAUUCGGCAUCGACCGCAUUUUGUCGGCGGAGUUUGACCCCAAAGUCAAGGAAGGCAACACGCUGAGAGAUCUGACCUCCUUAUUAACUACCAGCCGCCAAACUGGGGUUCAUCUCCCCAACUUGCAGCCUUCCGCCAGCCAGUUCUUCGCGUCUCUAGACCCCAUUAACGAGGCCUCUACUAUUCUGGGUCCCUUAAACACAAACCCAAGGAGCUCAGUUCAGCACCAGUUUCAAGACACUUUUCCAGGUCCGUAUGCAGUUUUAACUAAGGACACACUGCCUCAGACAUACAAGAGGAAGCGCUCCUGGUCCAGGGCUGUUUUUUCCAACCUUCAGAGGAAAGGUUUAGAAAAGCGGUUCGAAAUCCAGAAAUAUGUUACCAAACCGGACAGAAAGCAACUCGCGGCAAUGCUGGGGCUGACAGAUGCACAAGUGAAGGUCUGGUUCCAGAACCGGCGCAUGAAGUGGCGACACUCCAAGGAGGCGCAGGCCCAGAAGGACAAGGACAAGGAGCCGGCGGCCGAGAGGGCCGGCGCGCCGCCCGCCGCCCCGGGAGAGCCCGAGCGCAGCCCCAGCCGCUCGGAGGGCGACAGCGACAGUAGCGACGCAGACUCCCUCGACAUGGCCCCCAGCGACACGGAAAGGACUGAGGGCGCCGAGCAGAGCCAGCCCCAAAGCGGUGUCAUCAAGUCCUCUGGCAGCCCCGGCCUCCCCUCCCCGCCGCCGCCCGCCGCCAGCCCUGAGCCGCCGCCCGCCCCGCGGAGCGGCCUAUAGACGGGGCGGCCGCGGCAUCUCCGCCCGGGACCUCCGCGCUAAUUUAUAUUCCUUCCUCCGAGCUGCUGCCGGGUCUCAGAGGUCGAGGGGGCACAUCAAGAGCCCCCUCCUCUCCCACGGCCAGCGCCCUGCCCGGCGGCGAGGGCUUGGGGACUUGGGCGGUGCGGGGAGCUCCAGCCCUGGACAGUUGUGCAUGAGGCGCGCGGCAGCGCCGCCCGGCCGCCUCUCCCUCCGUGCUGCUCGGUGGGAGAGCGGGAUUUCUCUCUCUCUCUGUCUCUUUUUUUUUAAUUUUAUUCUCCCUCUCGCACCCCUUGCGCUCUCCAGGAAAGUCCGAGCGAGAGACUCCGAGAAUGUGCUCUGAAAUCCCUCUCCCUCCCCCUCAGACAUUUUACAAUGUGAAGUAUUUUGCCAACAUCCUCAUUGGUUGCAACGUGUUGCUUUGAAUAAUCCGGCCAAGAAAUACUGCACUGACAAAAUAUAUAAAUAUAUAUAUAUAUAUAUAUCCUGUAAAUAAAAUGUUUGCUAUGGUUUGUAA